UGGCAGUGCGAACGAUAUGGACGUGGUUCGCGAGUGUGGCAAGAGAGAGAGAACGUGCUUGUUACGACUGCGACGUAUCCGAUCUUGCUGAAUUUUUGCACGAUUGUCAGUCGAGGCGCUCUACUCUCUCUCUCUCUCUCUCUCUCUCAACUGUGAAAGCGGUGGUUCGCGAGUGACGCGCCUAGCAAGAUCGCGUCUUCUCCGACGCUUCUUUUUUCAUCGUACAAUAUACAUUCAAUUCACAAUCAGUCUGCUCGUUUGACGAGUUGGUUAGCGGAGGCACAGUUACCAUCGCGUUGCGUCGCAUCGCGUCGCAUCGCGUCGCAUCGUGUGUGUUCGAUAACGCGUCGUGCCGUGUGCUGUUCCUGUUCCUGUUGUCUUGUUUUGUUACGCGAACGAGGAUCACCACGGUGACUACUGACGUUUCGUCGUUGGUCGUCUACGUCGCGUGUGUGCCACCAGUUGCGUGUUGCGUAACUACGUUUCAACGGCAACCACCUCCUCAUCCGGUGUUCAGGAUCAGCAUCGAGCGCCGCAUCCGUCGAUCCCCGAGAAAAUUCAAACAAUUUCUACUUGCACGGUACACGCUCAUCAACAGAGAAAAUCAUAGAUGGAAAAUUGAAAAGCAAAAAGAAGAAAGGAGCGAUCGAAGCAGGGAGCUGACGGCGAGUAUCGUUUGAAAAUGGCGGCGGGGACGUGUCGAUUGGCUUGAAGAGAAAUUCUCAAAGAAACGUAAGGAUGGUGUUGGUGGUGAACGGAGUCCUGCAGGAGGACAUUCCAACGGACAGUAGGUCCUUGUACGCAGCCCAUCCGGUGUAUCGCGAAACUGCAGCGCAAUUACACUCGAUGCCAGCAAAAUUGGUGGGUCCUAUGGGUCUGCUGUACGUCCAGCAACGAGAAAUGGCCGCAACCUUGCCACACGAUAAAAACGUGAGCAUUAUCGGUUCGGACGAUAUGACUACCUGCAUAAUCGUUGUUGUGAGGCAUUCCGGUUCGGGUGCCGCGGCGUUGGCGCACCUGGAUGGAGCUGGCACGGAAGAUGCAGCCGCGGCGAUGGUUCAGAGGGUAACCGAGCUCGCGUUAGGAUUUCCAGAGGGUCGCCUCGAGUUGCAACUCGUCGGUGGUUAUUCCGAUCCAAGGAAUUAUUCCGAAGAGCUCUUUUGCAACAUUCUUUCCGCAUUUCACAAACAGCCGGUUGAGAUUGAUUUGACUCUUUGUUGCGUGGGCGAGUUGAACACCACCGUCAGAGGAGGUAUUCAUUGGCCGGUAAUAUACGGCAUCGGUUUGAACGUCAAGACGGGCGAGAUCUUUCCUGCAACCUUCCCCGACAAAGGUCCCGAGCAGGCGCUAAGAUGCGCCAGACAGUUGACCGGUGGUCAACAGGUUCUGGACGUUUACGAUUGCACGCUUGGCUUGCUUAGAAUCGGACCAUUCAACUACGAUCCUCUGAGGGGGGUUGAUCUCUGGCUAGCUCAAUCCGAUCAAUUUAUUCUACAACAUCUUUCGACUUCACCAGAAGUCGAACUUCCGCAUUUUGUAUCACAGGUACGAGCGACGCUGAAAUAUAUACAGGACAAUCAAUUUCCGGCCGUCACCGUCUUCCGUGAUAACAGACCUCAUUAUUAUCGUCGGGACGAAACCACCGGUGUUUGGCAACCCAUCAGAUAUUAAUAAUGGCUAUUGUUACUACACGUACGUGGACUCGUGGUAAAGAAAACACGAAGAAAGGCAGUUUACGAAAAUUUCCCUGGUGAUAUCAAAUCCAAAAAUAAACUUACCAAUCGACGAACGAACCACCGUAAUAAAGUGGACGUAUCGUAAUCGGCACGUGUCUUGCCAUUUAUCUUAUCGAACGCUCUUGGUUGAACGCUUUUUUUCCAAAUUUAUUAUUUUUCAAGCAAGGAUACAAUAUCGUUCGAAACGAUACUACGCGCGACUGCGAUUUCUUACAAAUAUUCUAUUCCAAUCAGUUGUUGCGUCGUUGUCGUUGUCGUUGUCGCCAUCGCCAUCGUCGUUGUCGUUGUUCUAUAAUAUUUUAGUCCAAUAAACUUUCCAGUUUCUGUCUUUGCUAUUCGACGAUAAGAAAAGCAACAAACUGGUAUUGAUUAUGCGCGAAUAAAGUAAUUGUUGAAACGCGACCAACACUCGAUAAUCGAACGCGAUCGUUGUUACACUACCGAUAACGUGUCAUUUCGUACGAUUAUUGUUAGGAGCGGUAAUGUAAUCAGUGGUAUAUAGUCUGCGGUAGUUGAUUUUCGUUCUCUAACUUUUCCACUCGUUUCUCUUGCAAGCCAUUUUUCUCUAUAGACGAGUUAGCUGACUACAAAACUGUUUUUACCCUUAUUUUGGUAAAUAUUUGAGUAAUUUUAAUCGAACAACGAGUUCAUACUGCGAACGAAUAGUUUUAUUUUAAUUAUUAAUUAAUAAUGUUUUCGAUUACUUUCAAAUUGUUUGAAAAUUCUCUUGAUUUACCAAAAUGACGAGUAACCUCGAUGCAACUCGUUUAAAUAUACAUGUAGGUAGGUACGCGUGUAUAAAUUAUCAUUGAUCAUCGAUGCGUUAUUAUCGAGAUCGAGAAAUUGUUACAAUGAGAAUAGUCAUUUAUAAAACUGCGAUAUCGCGUGUCUCUCUUUUUCUUCUUCUUCCUCUUCUUCUUCUUCUUCUUCUUCUUCUUCUUCUUCUUCUUCUUCUUCUUCUUUUUACUUUUUACUUUUUUUUCGUAUUUCCUUUCCUUUUUAGGUGGAGUAGAGGAAUUCGCGCAACGAACAUUCCAUACUUGCCAUAAAAGCUAGCGAAAUUAAUAACUUCUUUUCUACGUCGCAUGGGAGCUCCGCGAGAAAAUAAGAGAUCAAUUAAAAAAAAAAAAAGUUCGGAUCGAUUACUGAUACGUAUCAGUUUUUUUUCUAGCUGCUGUUAGCUUUGAAGAACACGAAAUCCGCGUUAACGAAAGCGUAUAAAGAAGAAAUAGAAUUAUGCUAUUUUCUCGCCCCUAGAGUUUCUGAAAAGAAAAGGAAAUAUACAUCUGAAAGGAUGUAAAAAAAGAAGAGAAAUGGUGCAUGUUAACACGAGGGAAAGAAUGAUUCGUCAUUUUCCAUUGUUCUGAUAGUGAUAUAUAAAAAACUAAUUAAAGUUAAUAUUAAUUAUAAAAACAUUUUAUAGAAAUCAAAGAGAUAUAUUUUUACUAUGUUAUGCGUAGACAACGAUCAACAUUUAUAAUGAUUGCGACGAUAACAAUGAUGGUAGGGGAACAGUAAUGAUAACGCUAAUGUUGUUAAUGUUGAUUACGAUCAUGAUGAUGAUGAUGAUGGUAAACUGGGAAAGCUUUUACAACUUGAAGAGGAGAACUUUGUAAUGACUGAUCGCCGCUCACUUUUCUUUUCUUACUCUUUCUUUUUCCUCUUUCUUUUUUUAAAUAUCUUUUCCGACGGUGUAUCGCUUUUCUGCCUACAACAUCAGUUACAUCAACGUUAUGUAUUCCUAUUCCUUUUUUUCCAUUUCUUCUCUCUUCCUGCUUCUCGUCACGCUUUUUCGUUUGAUCUCUUUCGUUUUCUUUUUACUUGUUACGUAAAACGAUCUUCCCGUAACAUUAUGUGGUGAUAUAUUUAUGGAAUAAAUAAUAGAUUUAAACAUUU